CGAGGCACGUGACCUUCAAUCAGACAUUCGACGGACGGACCCAGUGCACCUCUCCGAUUUUUUUCUGUCUUCAAUAAAUUGGAUAUAGAUCUACAUGUAUUCAGUGCUAGGAUAGUAGUGGUGAGAAAGUAGUUAUAAAAGUUAUUUAAAAAUUGAUUGAGGCUAUCAAGACUUUCCUACCAGAAUGCAUUACGAGCAAAGUUCCGUCGAAACCUCAACGGUCAGUUGUCCAAAUGGGUUGAUGAGCAUCUAUGGUUUCGUGACAUAUUUUUUCUUUUUCGGUUUGUCACUGUCGGACACCAUAGACGUAAUGGAGGCAGUUGGACGAGGUUCACGUAGGAGAAAUCGAUCAUGGGGUCAUCACCUAGUACUUAUUUAAGAGAAAAGACAGUGGUUGUGAUCGGUGGCAGCUAUGGUGGAAAGGCAGUGGCAUAUCCUCUCAGGGGUCAGUGUAAGCUUAUUGUGAUUGAUCCACGUGAAGCCGUGCAUAUUACCAUAGCAUCACCAAGAGCAUGCGUUGAACCAGGCUUUGCAAAGAGAUGUCUGAUACCACUUGGAGAAGUCUUUGGUGAUAGUUUUGAGCAGGGCACUGUGGGUAAGAUAUCUCCGGAAGCAGGUCAUGUUGUUCUCUCUGAUGGCAAGGAGAUUCCUUAUGAUUAUCUAGUGAUAGCUACAGGUACAUCCGGUCCAUUUCCAGGCAAACUUGAAAAUGACUGCACUAUCAAUCAGGCUUUGGAUCUGUAUGCAGAUGCGUGUACCAAGGUGAAAGCUGCCAAGACAGUGGUGAUCAUUGGAGGAGGAGCUGUAGGGGUGGAGAUUGCCGGAGAGAUAGCUACAGAUUUCCCAGACAAGGAGGUUACUAUCAUUCAUGCUAGGGAUAGUUUGGUAGAACCUGCUACAAGCAAUACAUUCAGGACCUCUGUACAGAAGCAGUUAGAAGAACUUAAUGUUAAAAUUAUCUUUGGUGAGAAGGUAACAAAUUUGGAUGAAAUUCCUAGAGACCUUUCUGGAGCUACUGUUCUAACUGAUAAAGGCAAGUCCAUCCAAGCUGAUGUAGUAUUUGUAUGCAUUGGUUUGAGAGUCAACAGUCAAGCUUAUGCAGAAGAAUUUGGUUCCAAGAUGGAUGAAGGUGGUGCCCUGAAGGUCAACCAGUACCUUCAGGUUGAAGGUCAUGAAAAUAUAUUUGCUGUUGGUGACUGCUGCAAUGCUGAUAUUCAGAAGAUGGCUUACAGAGCGGGAGAGCAAGGGAAGGCUGUUUAUCACAAUAUCCUACAACAUGCCAGUGGCCGUGCACUCAAACCAUACCAAUCACCAUCACCAAUGUUUGCUUUGUCUAUUGGAAGGCACAGAGGUCAGCUUCAGGUUGGUAGUAUGGUCCUAGGUUCAUGGCUUGUAAAGAGACUUAAAAGUCAUGAUCUGUUGACAGGACGGAUGUGGGGUGACUUUGGCUUAAAACCUCCCACAAACUAAGCAUUGGGAAAGCUACAGGACAGAUGGAAUGGAUCCUAGAUAUCUGUAUUGAAGGGAAGGAGUUCAUGUCUGUUAUAAGCUUGAGUGUUGUACUGUAUUUGCAAAAUAUUUUCUGCUUUUUUUUUUAGUCCAACUUCAUCUGAAUUUUCACUCAUACAUUAUCGCUGCUGCACAUGUAAACAAACCAAAUAUCAUUAAAAUUGGCAUUUUCCUGCACCAACACAUGUGUAUAUACAUAUAUAUUUAUAUAUAAUGCCUUGGGAAUAUGUUUAAUACUUUUAAACAUGAUGUAUUGUAGCAGGAAUGCCUUUAGCACCAUACUGCAGUAACACCAUUAGUUGUGUGCUUAAGGGCUUUGCGCAAGGGCAUUUCUGCACCCAUGAGGUGCGUGGAAGUGUGGUGCUCGGGGCUUUCCUGCACCAAAACAAUGAAAUGAUACAAUUGUAUAUAUAUAUAUAUAUAUAUA